CGGCCCAGAAGGCGGAGACGUUGGGGUGGCGGCGACCGCGGCGGUGGGCACGGACAACUCAAACUGCAGGUUUUGCCAUGAGCUUGCCCGGGACAGCAGCGGCAGCGGUGGACGCGGUAGCUGUGUCCUCGCUACGUCCCACCUGCUAACGGGACAGAUUUUAACAUUAUGGCAGGGAGGCAUCAGAAUCGUAGUUUUCCCCUUCCGGGAGUUCAGUCAAGUGGUCAAGUACAUGCAUUUGGAAAUUGUACAGACAGUGAUAUGUUGGAGGAGGAUGCUGAAGUGUAUGAGCUUCGAUCCAGAGGAAAAGAGAAAGUCCGAAGAAGUACAUCAAGAGAUAGACUUGAUGACAUUAUAGUAUUAACAAAAGAUAUACAGGAAGGAGAUACUUUAAAUGCAGUAGCCCUUCAGUAUUGUUGUACGGUAGCAGAUAUCAAGAGAGCUAACAAUCUCAUCAGUGAUCAAGACUUUUUUGCCCUCAGGUCUAUCAAAAUUCCAGUGAAAAAGUUUAGUUCAUUGACUGAAACACUUCAUCCUCCAAAAGGAAGACAAGCAUCACGUCCUUCAUCUGUUCAGUAUGCUCCAGAACAACAGGAAAUUCUACCAGCUAAUGAUUCUCUUUCUUCCAGUGAGUCCGCUGGUAGCUUUUUAAAAGAAGUAGACCGAGACAUAGAACAAAUAGCAAAGUGUACAGACACCAAGAGAGAGAACCUCAAUGAGGUAGUGUCUGCCUUAGCAACACAACAAAUACGUUUUGAAUCUGAUAGCAAGAACAUUCAACGUAAGGAUCCCUAUUAUGGAGCAGACUGGGGAAUAGGGUGGUGGACAGCUGUAGUGAUAAUGUUGAUAGUAGGUAUAAUAACACCUGUGUUUUAUUUGCUGUAU